AUGGCGCACGACGAGGAGGAGGGCGAGAUGGAGGGCAGUCGGAACGGGAUCUCGCAAGACUCGACGACUUCGCCCCCUCAGCGCUCGAGCGGUCCGUUACGCCGCACAUCCUCGUUCUUUCGCUCUCUCGUCAACUCGACCCGACCGAAACCCCGCCGCGCCCGCUCGUCCAUCCUCCUCUCGAGUUCAGCAAUCUCGCCGCCUCUUCCGCUCGACCCGCCGCCUAAGGUCGCACCGAUCCGAACGAGAGCCACGCUUGUCCAGGUCGGAGUGUUGGCGCAGAUGGUCGAAGAACAAGCGGGGUCGGGGUGGAGCGGGACGGGGACGAGCUAUCCCUCUGGGUCGACUUCGCUUCGAGGUGCUGCGACGUCAACGCCCGAGCGUACCGUCAAGCGGAGGCGCUCGCUGGGUAACUUGCUCAGACGGACGCCGUCGAGCCUCGGUCAGCACGUCGAGGACGAACCGGUCGUUGCGGACGAGACUUCGACACCGGCCUCGCCAAGCAGGGACGUCGGCGUCGCCCUCACAACCGACACGCCCAGUCGUCGCGCAGGCCUCAAUCGCCGCUCCCUCGUCUCGUCCGUCUCGACUCCGCAGCUCCGCUCUCGAAUCGCGUCCAUCGCUUCAGAAGCAGCAAUCGAGUCGCCCGCAAGCUCUCCGCCGCAACCGCCGUUCCGCAGAGUCGCACAGGCGGAUCAGCCUCCUCCCCGCCCGCCGCCGUCUGUUCCGCUCCCGCCCAUCCCGCAGAUCAACACGAUUGCACCGACGCCUGGCACGACUCCAGCAAGUCACAAGACGGGCACAGGCUUGCGACGUCGCGAUACGGCACCGUCCGUCUUCCAGCCGUCGAGCUACAAAGCGCCGCCAGGUCUCGCUGCGGAAACGCCUGAACCGCCUUCGCCUCUCCGCGCCGAAAGCCGCGCCUCUUUCCGCUCGGUGACCUCAAACGGUCCAGCCCCGCCGAGACCACAACGUUCUCCCCUCCGCCCAGCUCCCUCCCGCUCCGCUUCGCCCCUGCCUUCCGCCUCGAGCGCGCCGCAUCGUCCGACGACGCUCGCGCCGCCCGUCUCGUCCGCCACUUUACCCAGUUCGGGCUCGUCGCCGCUCCGCCAGCGUCUCUCGAAGCUUCCGUCCGAGGAACAGCGCGAGACGGAGGAGAAGGUCCCGCUCGCGAGUCUGUACCUUGUGGCGGGGCUGUCGAAGGACCCGCAGACGUGGGUGCGGUCGAGGAGCGAAGACGGAGCGGGCGAGAGGAGGUGGAAGGCGGAGGUGUUGGGUGUCUUGACCGGCGACGAGGAGAAGCGCGAUAGCGACAUCAAGCUUGUCAGGCUCGACCGGGCGGAGCGGGAGAAGGUGACGCAGAAGGCGUUGAAAAUGUCGUUCCGCCACGACGUCGAGCUCGUCUCUUCGCCCACUCAGCCGCCAGCGACGACCUCCUUCUUCUCCUUCGCCACCUCUUCUUCAACUGCGCCGCAGCAGAAGCAGUACCAUGCCGUGGCGCUGAAGGUCUGGUCGCAAGUCGAGUCCGCUCGCGCCGCCGCAAUCGUCUCGAGACUUAGACGCGACGGCUCGGCAGGCGCAGACGCGGUCAAGCAGGCGAAACGGACGACGAAGCUUGGGCGGCGCCUGAGUCACCAACUCAUUGAGCAGAUGGAGGGUUUCGAGGAUACGGACGGGAUUGAGGUGCCCUCGAGCGGAUUCGCGACCGAGACGGACGGUCGGGACUCGGCUUCGGACGGGAUCGCUGGUGAGCGCAGCGAGUCGCUCUGGAUGCCCUACUGCAUCAUCCUAGUCUCGACGUUUCCGAUCCAUAUUCUUCUCAGCGACGUCCUCCGUCUGUCGUGGGCCCUGUACCAUCAGGACCUCGCGAUGCACAAUGCCCAAAUGGACGUCCUCCUGAGCAGCCCAGCGCCUCGAGCGGGCGAGCGCAUCGUCGUGCCGAUCAGCCUCGAGGAAGAGCAUGCGGACACGACCUUCGUUGCAAUCAUGCCCGGCGAGAUCGACUGGGCGACUGGCUCCCUCCGCCAACUACAUCUGCCGAUUUGGCCCGUCUUCAAGGCGUUGCACCUCGACAACAUGCUCACCAUCGCAGAACUCGCGCUCGCGCCCUUCGGCAAGAUCGCCUUCGUUAGCCGCCACGACUUGCUUCUCGACUUGUCGGUCUACGUCUUUCAGCAGAUCCUCGAGGGCCAAGGCUGGAGAGGUCUUGUUCAGGCCUCAGCGCAUGUCCGCGAUCUUACCGUCUACCUAGACGACUCGGGCCCCUGGCUUAUCGGCGCGCCCUUCUCCGCCCGCGCUCUUCUCGCCAGCCUCGCUCCGGAUGUCGCAGUCGUCGACCUCGACAACAACCUCGUCACUUGCUCGAAACCGCCAAGCGGAGCACUCUCGAAAAGUCCCGUCCGCGACAAACUGCUGCGCGCCCUCGAAGCAGCGAUCGGCAACAUCGGCCGCAACUUCGUGCCGAAGGAGGUCGUCGAGGCGUUCUCGCACGGUCGCUUUCGACCUUUCUCGCUUGUCGAGGUCGCAGGCCAGCCCCGCGAGGCCGAGCGUCUUCUCCCCGAUCCUGCUUGGCAAUGGAGCGACACCCGCGCUCUUUCCGCCUUCUCCAACACCCUCUCGCAAACGCCCCGAGCCGGACUCGUCGGUCGAGUUCUUCGACUUACGAGCCCUCGCAAGAGCGUCAGCCUCGACCACCAGACCCUCCGGAUGCAGGUCCUCCUCCGCAAGAACGUCGAGGCGUGCGUCGAGCAGCGCGACACACUCGAAGCCGAUUACGGCCGCGCGAACAGGAAACUCGCCGUCUUGAUUCAGCAGAGCCUCGAGUGGCAGGAGUCGUUUGCCGUCUUCAAGGAGUUCUCGGAGCGCGCUGCCCUCCAGGUCGUCGAGCUGCGGGACCGUUUGGCGGCGGAGCACGACACGACUGCGCAACUCAGCGGGCAACUCGUGCAAGACCGCGAGCGACGCAUGCGACUCGAAGCCAGUCUCGAGGCAGCCGAGCAAGCCAGGCUCGACGCCAUCACCGAGCUCAGCCGGAUCAGCGCCAUGCGUCGCCGCGUCGAGGAGCAGCGCGCGCUCUUGUCGCAGGGGGUGCGGGCGGUAAUCAGCGGCGCCAAAGACGAGACAAGCCCGAUCUACCAAGCCGUUGCAGCUCGCAUCGACGGCAUCUCGCACCGCAGCCAGACGCCAUCGCUCUCGCCUCGCUCGACUGACCAGCUCCAAUCACCUACGGAUGAGCAGGCCGCCCAGCUGAGUGGACGCUCCGAUACGCCGGACCUUGUUGUCGAUGGCGAGAAGAUUCGGGCGGCCACGCAGGAGGUCUUCCGGGUCAUCUCGUCCAGGCUUUCACUUGCCCUGCAGGCCGUUGGCGAGUCUACGGCGGCGGACGCGUUAGCGCAGUCGACGUCGGUCGCUUCCUCGGUCGGGACCACGUCGCCUUCGCGAUCAGCCAUCAGCGACGAUGCGACCCUCGUCUCGUCGACUUCCGCCCCUGCUCGCCCUGCCUCCCCCGACAUUGGCCCGUUCUCUAAGCCAUCGUCGACAAGCCCUUCCGCCUCGCCUGUCCUCAGCUUCCAGCCGAAACCUCUCCACCUGACCCCGCCAGUCACGCCCGAAGUCAGCGAUCCGAACACGCCUUUCUCCUUCGUAACCAUACGGCCUCGUCACCGCCGUAUUGCAUCUGGUUUCUCGUCGCACGGCCGCCAGAACUCGCUUGGUGCAGCCUCCGUCCUCAGCUCGGCCAGCUCGGAUGCCAGCACGCCGCUCGCCACUCCCAUCAGCCGGUCUUUCACGUCGCCCACUCUCAAUCGCUCGACUCCGCCUUUCCACAAGUCGACCUUGUCGCGCUCGGCAUCUUCGCCGCUGCCAAUGCACGAGGAGAGCGACGCCGAAGACGACGCCCAGAGCUUCGUUAGCGUCAGCGAAGGCUACACGGCUUUGCACGCCAGUCGCGCGCAUACUCCGGCCUCGAUGCGGACCAGCAACCAUUUCGAGCUCGAGGAACUCGCCGACAACGUUGCAGAAACGCCGGAGCGCCGCGACGGUUUCGCCCACUCGAGGCAGUCGUCGUGGUCGAUCGAUGCGCCGCCUGUCGCGCUCUUUACUCGCAGCGGAUCGAUCAGGUCGCUGAACAAGCGGUGGAGCGUCAACAUGGAGGGACGAGUGAGGACGGCGGUCGAGCACAUCGAGCAGUCGUCCAGGCCGUAG